AUGUACCUCGCCCGGACUAUGCCGCCGCGUCCGGAGGUGGUUGAGGCUUUUAGGGAUUGGGAUAGCUGUUUAGAGGAUUGCUUUGAGCAGCUUUUCCCACCUGGCACUUGGGAGCAGGACCCCGACCGGUCUAGGCGCGCACGCAUGCAGCUGCAUCUCCCUGUGCGUCUCGAUGGGUUCGGGAUCCGGGCGGCGGCCUCUUUGAGCCCACUGUCCUAUGUUUGCGGGUGGGCGCAGGCCGCGCGGGACAUUGCACAGUUAGGGGUGGCGGGCGAGGAGGCGAUGUUUGCUGAGUACCUCACCACAUCGACAAGGGCAGAGUUUCUUAACCCGUGGUUUGUCAAGGCUCUCGAGCAGCUGCCAGCGACUAUCCGCCACGAGAUACCGGGCUUACCUCUGUGUGUAGCGGCCCCUCCUGUUCGGCUUUUCCAGGCGCGUCAGCGGCAGUUAGCUGUAGAGGAGCUCCAAGCACUGCGCCGCUUGGCUCGUGACGAUGCUACCUUGGCCCGUUUCACAUCCCUUCAGGGCCCGGGGGCAGGUGCAUGGGUUUCGGCGGUUCCGGCUCACUCAUAUCUCACAUUCACUGCGGCUGAGUGGGGCAUUGCUGCUGCUAUACGGCUCGGCCUCACAAUUCAGCAGCUGCAGGUGGCGGGGAGGUGUGUUUGUGGCACAGCGUAUGUUGACCCAGCAGACCCGCACCAUGCCCUGAGAUGCAGGCACCAGCAUGGUCCUUCUCGGGUGCAUGAUGAGGUGAAGUUUGCGGUGGCGAAGAUCUCCAAGGCGUCGGGGGGGGUGGUGACAUUGGAGGAUAGUGUGGUGCUGCAAGGGAAGCGGGUUGAUGUGGCGGUGCGACGUCCAAUGGCUGGAGAGGCUCACGCCCUAGAGAUCAGCGUCGCAGACCCGCUAUCGCUGUCUCCAUCACUGCUGGGACAGUGCGGGCGUCAAAUAGGCGUGGCGGCAAGGGAAUGGGAGCGUCGCAAAACGAGUGAUUACGCGCCUCUGCUUGCACGCAAUCGGGGCGUGCAGUUCACCCCUUUGAUAGUUGAGACGUGGGGGUGUCUCUGCGGCCGUUUUCAGCGGUGGCUUCGUCAGCAGGGGGAUGCGCACGUGGGGCUAGCUGUGUCGCGGGGGGCUUGUCGAGAGGACGACUCUGUGUUUUCGGCUGUUCUUUUAGGGUCACUGAAGGCGCUCAUCGGGGUGGCGUUACAACGUGCGCAAGCCCAUGUCAUCCUGCUUCGAGCGGCGUCUUCCAUGGGGGGGAUUAACGUAGAUUUGGCGGAUCGGGAGAGGGACGAUGUUGAUGUGGAAGGCGGGGCUCUCUGGGUGGAGGCCCCGUACAUGGUGGAGUUCAACGGUCACACGAAGCGCACGCACACAGUGGAGAGGGACCUCAACCCCGUGUGGGAUGAAAAGUUCGUGUUUGCAGUCCCCCUGUCGUCACCCCUCAACCCCUCACUGGCCGACCACCAAGAGCCGGUCCACGUCACCAUCUACACCCUCUCCUCCGCCUCCGCCCCUCUCGUUGCAGCCGGCAGUAUCUCGGCCAGCUUUCGCCGCCCGGUGCUGGGCUCCGCCCCUAGUGGCGGGCUGGCAGGCCAUCCGGAGAGAAGCGUGUUCCUGGGGAAGGUGCAGAGGGGGGAAGAACCUCCAUGCCGAAAGGGGGGUAGAGGGGAGGGGUUAUGUUGCAACAGGUGUAUGAAGUCUAGGGAGGGGCGAGAGGAGAGCGUGCAGGUGAGGAGGGGGGUGUGGAGGCAGGGUGUGCAGCGUGGAGCACCUGUGCCCGUCCGCAUACAUGCCCCCACGCCAGGCAUCCCUCUCCACCCCUCUGCACCCCUCGCCUGGCUGCCUCUUGAGCGCCGCUCCCUUGUCAACCGCGUGCGGGGCGACGUGGGCAUGGCAGUGUCCUACCAGGACAUGCCAGCCUCGUCCAUCAACCCUGACUGCCUGGACGAGUUCGACCAAUGCGAGGCCGACAGGUGGCACCUCCCGCCGUCCGCGUCCAGGUCAUCUUUUUCCGACGAUGAAAACCUGCCCACAGCCCUGUCCCACCAGCUCUCCCGGCACAGCAGCCGCAAUGCUGCCUCGCAUUCCUCCUCGCCUCCCACCUCUCUCCCCCUUCCCACCGCUCCCCCCACACUCCCCACUCUCCCCACCCUCCCCACUCUCCCCAUUCUCCCCACGUUCCCCUCUCUCUAUACCUCCUCCCCUCUCGCCACCAUCGUUUCUUCUGGCGAGCCUCCCUCUCAGCCUGUUUCACCCUCCUCCACCGCCCUCUCCCCGCUGCUUCCCCCUGCCUCCGCCCCCCCCAAAGCACUGCCCCAUGCCACUGUGCCUGCUGAGAAAGCGGGGGCAAAGGGCGAGGGGCUAGGGAUUAGGGGGGGAGGCGACAAGGAGGCAGAUGAAGGAAAGGGAGAGUGGGAGGGGGAAGGGGAGGGGGAGGGAGAAGAGGAGGGAGAGGAGGAGGAGGAGGAGGAGGGGGAGGAGGAGGGGCUAUUGGCAAUGGAGCCGAUUCUGUUUGUGCGAGUGGUGCAGGCGCGCUCACUGCUAGGCCUCGAUCUCAAUGCCUCCAGUGACCCUUUCGCCAUGGUCACGGUGGGCAAGGUCACGGCACGCACGCGCACCGUACCAGAUGAUGUCAACCCCAAGUGGAACCAGGUCUUUGCCAUCGGCCAGUCCGCCACGACCUUCUCUCUCGCCAAUCCCUCCUCUGUGCUUGAGAUUGUGCUCAAGAACGAGAACCGUCUCAUGCGGGACUCCUUCUUGGGAGCCAUCUCGCUGCCAGUUACCUCUCUCCCACACCGCGUUCCCCCUGCGCCCCCUGUUGACCCGCGCUGGAUUCGCCUCGACAAGAAAGCUGCCAGCGCCCCUGCCAGCGCUGCUCGCAGCACCGUCAAAGGCAAAGCUCAGGUGGAAGUGACCACAGGCACUCACAGCGUUCAGCUCGCGUCCGCUUCUUCUUCACACUCAACCCCUCUGCCUCCCUUGUCCUCCAACCAUCCCACCCCACCCCACCCCUGCCUUGCAGGCGAGCUGCAAGUGGCGGUGUGGAUAGGAGUGAGGGCGGACGAGCAGUUUGCAGAGGCCUGGCAGUCGGACGUGAAGGGUGUGGCGCACCACCGCUCGCGCACCUACCCCUCUCCACGCCUCUGGUACCUGCGCGUACACCCCUGCAAGCUGGAGCACCUCCCUGUGCCGCGUGUUGCACCCAACCUUGUGAGUUCUGAGACGUCUAAAAGGCCACGCCUCUGGUAUGCCUCUGGUACCCCUCUCCACACCUCUGAGCCUAUGUCGUUCCAAUCCCCUUCUUUCCCCCACCCAUCAUCCCUGCUCCCUCCCACCAAUCAGGUGGUGCGGCUACGAGUGCCCUGCGGCAUGCAGGUGCAGACAGGCCCCGCCACCCACCGCACUCCAUCGCUGCCCGGCGAAAGCGAUGCGGGCGGCGGGGUGAGCAACCGCAAAGCGAGCGGCUGUAGCGUCGAUGAGGAUGAGGAUGACGAGGGGGAAGAGGGGGAAGAGGGCGAUGAGGGUGAGGAGGGGAGGCGGGAGGAGGAGGGGGGAGUGGGUGGAGAUGAGGGUAGCGGUGGUGGGGGGAAGGAGGAGAGGAGCAGUCCACCCAAGGGAACAGCGGCGGGUGCGAUAGCUAGCCCACGCACAGGCACUGGCAUUCCUGCUGUCACGGGCACAGGGACAGACGUGCCGGCCAGCCCACGAACAGGCACAGGCACGGGCACAGGCACGGGCUCAAGCACGGGCUCAAGCACGGGCGCAGGCUCGGGCACAAGCGAAGAGGCAAGUUCAGGUGGCCUGAGGCAGCGGCUUGGGCAGCGGUUGCAGAACAGGCAGGUCAACGUGAGCAACGCCAUGGGCAAUGUGAGCAACGCCAUGGGCAACGUGAGCAACGCCAUGGGCAAUGUGAGCAACGCCAUGGGCAACGUGAGCAACGCCAUGGGCAACGUGAGCAACGCCAUGGGCAACGUGAGCAACGCCAUGGGCAACGUGAGCAACGCCAUGGGCAAUGUGAGCAGCGCUAUUGGCAACGUGGGCAGUGCUAUGGGCAGCAUGCGGAGCCUUGGGGGCAGCCUGCGCAACAUAGGCGGCAGCAUGCGCAUGCCCCCCGUCUUCCCCCUCUGCAGGGCCGCAGCAGAUGCGGCCAAGACAGGCGCAGGGCAGGGCGCAGAGCACGGGACAGGGCAAGGCCCAGGGGAGAGGACAGGUGCAGAUGGGGGUGCAGGAGGGGAGGAGGGGCGGGAGGAGGGCGUGUGGGUGUGGGGCGAGGGCGAUGAGCAGGUGCUGGUGGUGGCAGAGCCGCUGAAUGGGCACCUGCACGUGCAGAUCGUGAAUGUCAUCUCUCCCUCCUGGGUAAGUUGCGGCCACCACGUAUUCACCCAACACCCUCGCUUCCAUUCCUCCCCGCUCCCCGCCGCCCGCUCCCUCUACCCGCUGCCCAUCGCGCGCCUCGAGAUCGGGAUCAUAUCCGCGAAGAAUCUGCAGCGGCCAGUGCCGAGCUCGCUGGGGAGUGCGGGGAUGGAUGUGUACGUGGUGGUGCGGUAUGGCGGCAUGUGGGCGCGCACCAGGACUUUCAGCGGGGAGGUCAACCCUGUGUGGCGUGAGCAGUUUAACUGGCCUGUUUAUGACCUCUGCACCGUUGUCACCAUCGGUGUGUUUGAAAACAAGCACAACAGGGGAGUGACCACGUCAACAGACACCCCUCUGGGCCGCAUACGCAUGCGCCUCAGCGCCAUCGACUCCACGCGCGCCCUCUCCUCGCACCAGCCGCUGCUGUGCCUCACCAAGAAGGGCGUGAAGCAGCUGGGCCAACUGCACCUCGCGCUGCGCCUCUCCCCCGCCAUCCCCCUCUCCCGCCUCGCCGCCACCUACAUCCGCCCCACGCUCCCCCCUGCGCAUUACCACUUCCCCAUCCCCGAAUCCCAAGAACCAGCACUCUUACAGGAGGCUGUGGGCCUGCUGUGUGCGCAGCUGGGAGCAUUCGACCCGCCGCUGCGAGCCGAGGUGGUGCAGUACAUGGAGGAGUGCGAUGAGGACGUGCUGUCAGUGCGGCGACUUAAAGCCAACCUGCAGCGGAUCAAAAUGCUGCGGGCGCGGUUCUCUGCCAUGGCUGCUGGGUUCAAGGCCGUGCGGUCGUGGGAGAGCCUUCCUCUCACGCUCGCUGUGCACGUGGCGUACGCUUUCGCACUGUUCUACCCGUCCUUCAUCCUCCCCACGCUCUUCUUUCUCCUUGCCUGGCAACUGCUCGCCUCCUCCCCCACUCGCCCCCUCGGCCCGCCUCUGAUGGAUCUGAAGCUUUCGCAGGGGGAGGGUAGGGAAGGAGUAGCGGAGAUAGGAGGGGAGGAGGGGGAUGAUGGGGAUGAGGAGGACGAGGAGCAGGAGAAAGGUGGUUCGGGUCCGGUGGCGUACUAUAAGGCCCUGAGGGCCAAGUACGACAAGCUCAUGGACGGUGCAGGGAGGGUGCAACGGGGCCUUGGGGUCAUUGCUGACGCAGCAGAGAAGAUAGAGAUGCUGCUGACGUGGCGAGAUCCAAGCGCUCAUGCUGCUGCUGCUCUUUUGAGCCUCCGUGAUGCCCCUCUCUGUUCAUCCCACCCAAACCACCCCUGCUCCCUUUCCCAACCCCUCAGAGCCACGUUCCUGCUCAUGUCAGCGUGCACGGCGCUCAUGGCUGUGCUGCUGCUGCUGCCCUUCCGCCCCGUGGCGCUAGCAGCGGGCUUCUGGGCGAUGAGACACCCGCGCCUGCGCCGCAUCACGCCCACCAAGGUCAAAUGCUUCCUCGCUCGCCUGCCCACGCGCGCCGACACCAUUUACUGA